CCUGCCCUCUCUCUAACCCAGGAUUAAAACCCCAAAGUCAGACAUGGACGAGGCCAAAGCUCCCUCCAACAUGAUGGUGCUGGCAUUUAAAGAAGACACUGCACUGACAGAGAUGAUGCGUCUUCGUGUGUCGUCUUUGCAGCGGUCAGGGCAGAAGCGUCAGGACGGUGAGCGUCUGCUUCUUCCCCAUGAGGCCGUGUAUCGGCUGGACUUCCCCACCCAGGAGCUGAACUUCUCCCGCUGGUACUUCUCCCUCUCCGGCUACGGUCGUGUCACCAUCACCGGUAUUUCCCAGCACUGGACCCCUGACCUCACCAACCUGAUGACGCGUCAGCUACUGGAACCGAUCGGAACGUUUUGGCGUAACGCCGGCGACCCAGAGGAUUCACCGCUCAAAUGCCUGGAGGCGGACAUGCAAGAGUUCGGCGAAAGGAUUGCUGAGCUGGCCAAGGUCAGGAAGGUCAUGUACUUCCUGUUUGCUUUCAAGGAGGAGGCAGAGGCAGCAAACCUCAGCUGCUCAGUGGAGUUCUCACCAGAGAAAUGACUUUUUCACUUUUUGCCAGUACAAACCUGUUAGAAUCCUGGAAAAGCAUUGUCAUAUUUUGUUAAAUCUUUGACCUUUAAAACACACCACACUAGAACACUGCAUCUCCUUUUCAUGCAAUCAAUGAAAUACCUGCGCUUAAAUAUCCUCCCUCCUAAACUCAUUCUUUCUCAUCUCUGAGUUCUGAGUUUUGUACAGUAACAAGACAACACGUUUUGGCACAAAGCGCAAAGUUUUAAUGUCACCCUAAAAAAAACCUGCUUCAGAAAUGUAUAAGCAAUCAUCGCAAACACGUUUUAAAGUAAAUAAAGUAUUUUUCACACAUACACAUACAAACCAAUAGUUAAAAGAUUCCUCUUGUAAAUAAAACACGCCUUUACUGAUCAGCUGAAUACUGUGAUAAUGUGUGUAAUGAGUGAUUUGUUUUUUGAGUUGUUACCGU